AUGACGGCUGAUAGUGUCGUCGAAGGAGAGGGGAGUAACGGCGGUGGAUCCAGCGAGCAGGAGCGGCGGCCUUCUGUUACCACGCGCGGCGUCUUUCGAGCGGCGUUCAGCCGCGUUAUGGCUCGUCAGGCUGAGACUCGGGCUCGUCGGUCGGCGUACGCCCUCGCUGGGGCGGCGAACGCCCACACUCGGGCCUACGACUAUGCUCUGACGUACGCACACGUCCGGGCGUACGUUUCACUGGCUGUGAAGGGCUCAGGCCUCCUGGCUCUCUUGUUGUCCACGGUUGUCCUUGGCUACGUCCAGUCGCUGAAGAAGGAGGAUUUCUUCUGCAUCAUGGCAAUUGCCGUGAUACAGACAGCCGGGUGA